AUGAACCAAAGGUGUCAGUCACACUCUCAGGAACCAAAGGUGUCAGUCACACUCUCAGGAACCAAAGGUGUCAGUCACACUCCCAGGAACCAAAGGUGUCAGUCACACUCUCAGGAACCAAAGGUGUCAGUCACACUCUCAGGAACCAAAGGUGUCAGUCACACUCUCAGGAACCAAAGGUGUCAGUCUCACUGUCAGGAACCAAAGGUGUCAGUCACACUCUCAGGAACCAAAGGUGUCAGUCUCACUGAACCAAAGGUGUCAGUCACACUCUCAGGAACCAAAGGUGUCAGUCACACUCCCAGGACUAAAGGUGUCAGUCACACUCUCAGGAACCAAAGGUGUCAGUCACACUCUCAGGAACCAAAGGUGUCAGUCACACUCUCAGGAACCAAAGGUGGUCAGUCACACUCUCAGGAACCAAGGUGUCAGUCACACUCUCAGGAACCAAAGGUGUCAGUCACACUCUCAGAAACCAAAGGUGUCAGUCACACUCCCAGGAACCAAAGGUGUCAGUCCACAUCCCAGGAACCAAAGGUGUCAGUCACACUCUCAGAAACAAAGGUGUCAGUCACACUCCCAGGAACCAAAGGUGUCAGUCACACUCCCAGGAACCAAAGGUGUCAGUCACACUCUCAGGAACCAAAGGUGUCAGUCACACUCUCAGGAACCAAAGGUGUCAGUCACACUCCCAGGAACCAAAGGUGUCAGUCACACUCUAGGAAACUAACAAAGGUGUCAGUCACACUCCCACCCGGAACCAAGGUGUCAGUCACACUCAGGACAAAGGGUGUCAUCCACUGUCAGGAACCAAAGGUGUCAGUCACUCUCAGGAACCAAAGGUGUCAGUCACACUCUCAGGAACAGUGUUUCCAGUCAGCACACCAGGAACCAAAGGUGUCAGUCUCACUGUCAGGAAAACCAAAGGUGUCAGUCACACCUGUCAGGAACCAAGGUGUCAGUCACACUGUCAGGAACCAAAAGGUGUCAGUCACUGUCAGGAACCAAAGGUGUCAGUCACACUCAGGAACCAAAGGUGUCAGCUCACUUCAGGAACCAAAGGUGUCAGCACACUCCCAGGAACCAAGGUGUCCGUCACACAGAAUCCAAAGUCAGUCUCUGUCAGGAACCAAAGGUGUCAGUCACACUGUCGGACCAAAGGUGUCAGUCCACAUCAAAGGUGAACAGUAUCUCACUGUCAGGACCAUGGUGUCAGUCACACUGAGAAACCAGUGUCAGUCACACUCGGAAACCAAAGGUGUCAGUCACUCUCAGGAACAAAGGUGUCAGUCACACUCUCAGGAACCAAAGGUGUCAGUCACUCCCAGGACCAAAGUGUCAGUCCAAACACACAGGAACCAAGUCAGUCACACUCCUGGACAGGACCAAAUGUCAGUCCAAACACAGAGUGUCGUCACAUCCUCUAGGAACCAAAGGUGUCAGUCCCCAACUCUCAGGACCAAAGUGUUCAAAGUCAACAACGAUCAGGAACCAAAUGUGUCCAGUAACCACGCUCCCAGGAACCAAAGGUGUCCAGUCACACUCGAACCAAAGGUGUCAGUCCAAACACUCUCCAGGAACCAAAGUCAGUCACCUCCCAGGAACCAAAGGUGUCAGUCACACUCUCAGGAACCAAAGGUGUCAGUCACACUCCCCAGGAACAAAGUCAGUCCACUUCAGGAACCAAAGGUGUCAGUCACACUCUCAGGAACCAAAGUGUCAGUCACACUCUCAGGAACCAAAGGUGUCAGUCACACUCCCAGGAACCAAAGGUGUCAGUCCACACUCUCCCAGGAACCAAAGGUGUCAGUCACACUCUCAGGAACCAAAGGUGUCAGUCACACUCCCAGGAACCAGGUGUCAGUCACCCAAACCCCUCCACGAGAUGCUCUGCUGAGCACCGGGCCGGCCUGCUCCUCCUCCUCCUCCUCCUCCUCCUACUCCUCCUACUCCUCCUCCUCCUCCUCCUCUGCGCUGCUCCCGCGUCGGGAAAUUGAACGUCAGCAAAAGAGAUGGUAA